AUGGAUCAAACCCGAGAUUCACGUACUUGGAACUUGACUGUCAAUAGUCAGUAUGACGAAGGUGGUGAUGGUAUGUGUCUCCUCAUAUACCCGUGUUUGACGACCACAACUGACGAUUCUACAGACGACAGAAAUUUACAUCCCGGUUCAUCCCCCCAAGAUCCAAUACUUCCGAAUGGCGGUUAUUUGGGCGGCCCUGGCAUCCCUCUCAGCCCAGAACCUGGGCGCGCCUUGCCAGAGAGUCAGAAUAGAGACGAAAAGGAGCGACAUUCAGCAUCGGCGAGCAGCAAUGAUAUAGACAGGGACGGCCUGGUCGGUCCUCUCAACAUAUGUCCGGAGGUACCACCACAGUCGCCACCGAAACUGAUUGAAAGUUGUGAGAAUGGAGGAGAUAUAUCGCUGAAUUUGAAUUGUGAUUCUUUAUCAACGACCGAAAGCGAAUCCUGUUCAGAGGGGGGCGACAUAUCUCUACAAUAUCUCUCGCGGUCUCUGACACCGGCCAACAAGAGCCAGGCAGACGAGGAGACUGCGAGGCCAUUACCAAACUUUGACUUUGCCCCUGCUACAAGAACUGUCUGUAUUGUCGUUGUUUGCGGUGGUGUGUUGCUCUCACUUGGGUGCGUUGCCUCCGGCACCUAUAUCCUGGCCGCGGAACCUAGGAGGAAGUAUGCUCGUUAUUGUUUCGGGGCCUGGAACUGGGGGAUGCGGUGGACUCGUCAUGUGUCGAUGCGCUGGGCACUACACCUUGAGCGCCGCCUGAAAUUCAACACAACCUUUUGGCCCUUUCCACGCUUGAAGAGGAGCAGGGCACACAUAUGGUACAUCAGCAUCCUUCACGAAGCCACGGACGUCCUCUGCUUUGCAUGUUUUCAUGUAUUUGUAUGGGGUAUCACCCAGGGAAAUGUCGCCAGGGAUACAACUGCCACCUUGAGAUUCGGGGGCAUGGCGAUGCUACUGCUUGGAUUAUUGGUUAGUGUGAUAACUGCUAUCAACGCCUGUUCCGUGCUGUCUACCAAGUCCUCGAUACCUACUUGGAGUUCAAAUCCUCUGAAUACGACGUUGGCGGCAAUUCACAAAGGCGCCGUCACCCGAUGCCCAGGGCGAACGAUGCAGUCUGUGCAGCAACGACACAGCAGGUUAACGCGGCCGGAAUAUCCAAAAGAAGAGCAGCGGACCAUGACUCAAUCCCGACCCGCCAUUCUCUAUCUCGUUGUCAUCUGCUGGGUGCAUUCUGUGGUCGCGACGAUUGCGACCAUCGGUGUUGGCGUUCAGCCAAGGUCGCCACUGUCGAAUGCAUGUUUGAGUUGCUUUGUGAUUCCGCCGCUCCCGGGUGAAGCUUACGCAUUUCUUCUCCCCUCUCUAUUCGUCACUGCGAUUCGAAGUGUGCAACUAGUUGCACUGCGCUGUGCAGAGGCAGUUGUAGAUAUCGCAGGGGAUGAAGCAGUCUGA